AUGUUUUGGGAUAGAAUAAGACUAAGCUUUCUUAAACUUUUGAAUAUAAAAUAAUUUCAGUACCCUUUUUUUUGUACUGAUUAACAAUUCAUUAUACAAGGUUCAAUUGAUUAUUCAAGAGAAGACUGA